GUUGGGUCUUUCGCCAGGCUAUUUUUUUGGAUGGAUGGUGUGGGAGAGGGGGGCCUCAUUGCUCUUGGCCUUCGGCCGGUCGAAUGGGGGAGGGAGUGUUUCUGCUAAGGGGACAGUGAGAACGCCUUGAAUCGUUGGGAAGCACACAUGGUUGGAAUAGGAAACGCCCUUAACAAAUUACGCCCAGAGGUUGGUGGGAUUAGCACAGACGUUGAGGAUUCGUGGAUGUUGCGCGUAUAUGCUCUUCCUUGUUGUAACGGGGGGCCAAUGCCAGGGGCCCCCUGGCCAGAUGACGCCCCCAGCCUUGUGGGUCACCUUGGGUGGUAUUCAGACAAAAAGGGCGGGAAAUCCCAAAACGCUUACUAACCAUACGGCAAUCGAUGUUUUGUCUAGUCGGGGGGGUGCGUCCUCCUGGGGCCGUCCGGGGGAUUUUGGGGAGCCUCUUUGGGCCGCAUUUCACAAGGCGUCGACGCCAGCACCAACGCCAGCACCGACGACGUCAUUGUCCUCCGCCACCGGCGAUCCACACUUGCAGAACAUGUUCGGUCAGCGGUUCGAUUUGGUGAGGCCAGGCAAAUCUGUCUUGGUCAGCGUUCCGCGCGGAACGCCCGUCGAGGAUGCGUUGCUUGUUGUAGAGGCCGACGCGCGUCGAUUGGGGACACGCUGCUCGGACAUGUACUUCCAGGAGAUCAACGCCACAGGGACGUGGGCGAACAAGGUGCGGCCUGGAGGCUUUCACUUCGACGCUCACGACGCGCGUGACGAGACGCCGAAGUGGCUGAAACUCGGGCUUGUGGAGCUCAAAGUCGGCAACGGUCACACCGACAAGGGGCAGCCGUAUUUGAACGUCUACGUCAAGAACCUUCAGCGCACUGGGUAUCGUGUCGGAGGGCUGCUGGGAGAGGAUGACCACACGGAGGCGGCGGCGCCUGAGGAAGGGUGCCAGAAGAUGUUGUCCCUCGAGGCGCGGUUGUAUGGUCAAGCUUCGGAUCUAAAGGGCUCCGUCGCAAUUGGCUACUGAGCCGAGGGCUCCCGGCUCCGCGCGGGGCGGUCGAGCCCGCCCGCCCGCCCGCAAGGGGUGAAUUGAUGUGUCCCGCCGACAUUUACGUCGUGGUGCAAUGGCCCACCAGUAGCCGCCAUCUUUUGCCACUUUUGCAUCUUUAGCACGUUUUGCAGAGAGCAGAGCAGAGCAGAUCCCGCACGGCCGCAGGGCCUGUCCUGCACAGGACACGGGAGGAAAAUGGUAUGCCCACAUUUCCUGACGGACGCAGAGAAAGUGCCGUCGGGGGACGGGGAAGGAUUUCGUGCGCGCCGCACCGAGGAGCGCUGUCCAAAAGCCGCCCAGCCCCGCGGGCGGCUUUUCCCUAGAAGCCGAAAGCCUAGCAAAGGGCGAGAGGGGGGGGCGGCAGCCGGGGCCCAGGGCCCGCGCGUCUCACGCGCCGGCGGCGGCUGGCCUGGCAGCGAGCUCGUCUUCGCUGUCCUCCCGCGCCGCCGCGUCGUUCUCGUCGUCGGUGGCUUCCUCGUGGGGGCCGGAUCUGCGAGCCGUGAGAGCAGCUGGCUCUACUCGCAGAAAGCGAGCUGCAUCCCGUACUCCGGGAGCAGCGCUUUGUUGGCCCAUUUGAGCAGGCGCUCCAGCGCGGGGGUUUUGUGGCGCUUCGUGGCCAGCUUGCGCGCCGUCGCCGCGCGUUGGCCCGCGCUGCCGCAGGAGGACGGACCAGAGCUGGGAGGGCGGCGGCGGUGCUGCUCUCCAGAGCGGCCACCUUUGGACGCGCUGGCCCUUCGAUGGAGCGGAAAAAACACCAGAUCGUGGCGCGGAUCCCUCUGGGGAUGGAACUUGGGAAAUCCCAGUGCGGAUCUUUUUGCGGAUCCCGAUGGAUAUCUCUAUGCGAUCCCGAAGCGGACCCCAUAUGCGGAUCUCUGUGCAGUGUUGAUGCGGAGCCUUAUUCGGGUUCUGGUGCGGAUCCCUGUGCGCGCGGGGGCGCGGCUGGAGGCGCAGUGGGUGCACCGCAUUUGUUUCCCCAACCAUUCUGUGGUGUUAGGUCCUCGUUUUGAAGAGACAACGCCCCGCGUUCCUCUCCUCUCCUCGCCUCGCCUCUCCUCUCCUCUCCUCUCCUCUUCU